UCAAAUAGACUUGGAUUGAUCAAGGGGAGUGUUACAAAAUAUUAUGUACAAAGUGAUCAAUCCUCUCUGACAGUUUUCUCACAAAAGACAUGUCCCUUGGGAGACACUACAUCCAUUGUAUAUAAGAGAUCAUAUCUGCAAUAAAGUGGACAACCGUUACUUCACUUUCUCCCUUCUCUCUAUCUCAUUACCGCUGAGUAUUACAACAGUUCAGAGUCUAACCGAUGUCGUUGGGUUUCCACUCACGAGUGCAGGCGCAGCGCUGCUGCUCGUGGUGAGCUGGUGGUAUGCCACCGGAACUAGGCGGGGCCCACGGUGCCAACCUCACUAAGUGCAGCUGCUAAUUACAAAAAGGCAGCUCACCACGCCCACGGAUCCUCUCUCACCUGCAGUCCCGCUCCCCACCCCGCCACCACCGACGCUGGGAUGAAGGCCGUGCCAGCCGACAGCGCCGCGCCCCCGGUGCCGAUGCCGAUGCCGAUGCCGGCGACCAAGAUCACCAUUCCCGUUUCCGCGGUGGGCGGCACGGAGGCGGCGCUCCUCGGGAAGGGGCGGUACAAGGUCUGGGCCUUGGCCGCCAUCGCGCUCCUCGCGCUCUGGUCCAUGUCCGCCGCCUCCGUCUCACUCCGCUGGUCCUCCUCGGGUGACCUCGCCUCCGUCUACGGGGACCUGGACGUCCCGCUCGCCGACGACCUCGAUUCCCUUGAGAUGGAGGAGAGGGAGAAAUUAGUGGGACGAAUGUGGGACAUGUACACACGGACCAGUGAUGAGGUCCGUGAUGCAGCUAUCUCUGAGAUUGCCCGAAUGUCAGCCCACAAACUUGAGCUCGAGCAGACAUUGAAUGAGAAUGAGGAAGAGAAUGCCGCGAGCAACAGUGGUGGCAGGUCAAAGGCGAGUCAGUAGUUCCACAGAUAUCUGUGGCCUGAGGACCUGAAGACUGAUUGCUGAUAAAAUCGCCAGGAGGUGCAUUUGGGGGGUUUUUGAAGUGUGUUCUGGUGAAAUUAUGAAACUGGAUGUUCACUGGAUCUGUAGUUGUACCAGGUAGAUCAACAAGGUGCGUUUAUGGCGCACUGUGUAACAGUAGCUAUGCCUAUGAAGCUGCACAAUUUAGUGACAGCAGUGCGUAUGAAUCGGAUUGCUAUGAUGUGACCAUGGUCUCAGUCAUGUUCAAGAUGCUAUUGUACUAUUCUCUGCUAAUAACUAAACAGCUUAGCUCAAGGACCGGUGGCUUGGAUUC